UAGGACCCAGCGGCGCCCGCCCCUCCGCCCGGCGCGGGCGGGGCCACGUAUUGUGACGUCACGCCGAGGCGGGGCCCGGCGCUUGGACAGACAGAAGGAGGGUGGACUGGCCGCUGGGAGCCGCCGGCGCGGGCCCCGCGACGGAGGACGGCUCAGGGCAGCGGCGGCAUGUGAGGGUGACAGCGCGCGCGCGCCAGGAGCCCGAGAGCGCGGAGCGCGCGUGGGCCAGGUGGACGUCAGCCUGCCGGCGGGGCCGCCGGGCGCUCGGGAUGGACGCCGAAGGCUUGGGUUGGCUUUUGGUCCCGCUGCAGCAGCUGGUUUCCUGGGGGGCAGCUGGGGCCAUGGUCUUCGGAGGGGUGGUGCCGUACAUCCCGCAGUACAGGGACAUCCGGAGGACUCAGAACGCGGAGGGCUUCUCGACCUACGUAUGUCUGGUGCUCCUGGUGGCCAAUAUCUUACGAAUCCUCUUCUGGUUCGGGAGGCGCUUCGAGGCGCCGCUGCUCUGGCAGAGCGUUGUCAUGAUCCUGACCAUGCUGCUGAUGCUGAAGCUCUGCAUCGAGGUCCGCGUGGCCAACGAGCUGAACCUGAAGCGCCGGGUCUUUGCAGCUGCAGAUAAUAAAGAUGAAGCCAGAGCCCCCCCCAGGCGGUCAUAUCUGGACCUCGACCCCCAGCACUUUUGGCACUGGGACAGCUUUGGGGACUACGUGCAGUGUGUCCUGGCCUUCACCGGUGUGGCGGGCUGUGUCACCUACCUGUCCAUCGACUCGGCCCUUUUCGUGGAGAGCCUGGGCUUCCUGGCCGUGCUGACCGAGGCCAUGCUGGGCAUGCCGCAGCUCUGCCGCAACCACCGCCACCAGUCCACGGAGGGCAUGAGCAUCAAGAUGGUCCUCAUGUGGACGAGCGGCGACACCUUCAAGACGGCCUACUUCCUGCUGAACGGCGCGCCCCUGCAGUUCUCAGCGUGCGGGCUGCUGCAGGUGCUGGUGGACCUGGCCAUCCUGGGGCAGGCCUACGUGUUCACCCGCCACCCCCUAAAGCCGGCCCCCCACGCAGCGCACCCCGCCAGCGCCAAGGCCCUCUGAGGCAGCCGGGAGGAUGAGGAUGCGGGACCACGGGCCGUGGGCUCCGGCCAGGCCACCUGUCCUCCCCGAGUGGGGCAGGUGGGUGCUGCGGCCCCGAGACAGGGUCCCAGCCAUUGGGUCUUGCUCAGCUUCUGUGGCUCUCGGGGGGUGAUGGGGCCUGGGUGCCGACGUUGUGGUCUGUUAUCCAGGACUCGUGUGAGCAGGUUUUCCCCCAGGCUGGGCGCCUGCUGCUCUCAAGGUGAUGGAAAAGCAGGUCUCCUCUCCUACUUUGGCUCAAAAUACUGCUGGCUGGAGCCUGGGUCAUGUUCACAUACCAGGAGAAGGCCACCCUGGGCCCUGCAGGACCGAGGACCUCAGGAAACCUCCACAUCUCAGCCCCUGUGGCCUCGACGUGGCUGAUGGGGCCGAGGGGGCCUGCAGCUGGGCUGGGGAGCCCCAAGAUGGGAGAGACGGGGGGCAGGAGUGAGAAACGGCACCAGGAGAGCCCAGGUCCCAGCCCACGGAGCCCGCAGCCUCAGACUGGCUGGGGGUGACUCCCGGCAGGGUUGGGCCCGGGACACGUGGGGGUGAGGUACCAAAGCAUCACAGGGCUCUGGGUGCGAAACCCUAGGCAGGUACCUUUCCAGGGCCCCCAGUGGCCUCGCUGCUCUGCCGGCCCCUCCUGGGCAGGCUGCCGUGGACCCACCGUCUCCAGCCGGGCUCUGGCCAGUGUGAGCCCCGGGGUGCUGGGAGCGGGGCCUGGGGCAUGGCGGGUGCAGCAGCCCCCGGGGCUGCCUGGGAAGGCCGAGGGCCCGGGCCUGGGGCCGGGCAGACCCACUGGCCAUCCCCCCGGAGGGCUACCGCACAGGCAUCCCUUUCCUCUGGGAACCGUGUGCUUGCAGAUAUGGCCUUAGGUGUCUGUCUUCCAGGCCUGGAGAUGCCUGCGGGUCAGGGCAGGGGACAGCGAGGCAGGUGUUCCCCAUGCUGUGCAGGGCAUCCCUGCCGCCACCCUCCUCCUGUGCAGCCCUCCGCAUCCGCUGUGCCUGGUGGUGGUGGGGUGCUGGUCUGACACUGGUCCCCCUUCGGUUUACACGAGCAUCUCAGCCGUGCCCAGCGGCCCUGCUCCAACUCCGGGCCCCGCAGGGCAAGUGUUUAGAUGCUUCCACAUGGCUCCCGCAGGCGCUUUUCCUUCCCCCAGGCAGAGGGGUGGCUCUGUAGUGUCCACGGUCCUGGGGCUGGUGCCAAAGCUGCAGCGUCUGCCGUGGCCAGUGCACGGCGUGCGGAGCCGUUUCCUCCUCCUGAGUUUUCCUCAAAAACUCCUGAAUGUUUGAGGAUCCUGCUUAGUUCUCUGGCCUGCAAGAUGCUUUGAAAACGUUUACUUUUUAAAAAUGAAAGGAGAUGUCUGUAGCAGUCAUUGCCUCCAAAUUAAAGCAUUACCAGUUGCAGGGGUGACCUACAUGCCACGUGUGGGAGCACUGCUGGUUCUGUCAGGGCGGCUUGAAUUCAAUAAACUGCUCGUGGAUCCAG